AUGAGCAACCAGCACAUCGACUCAAUUACAGCAGAUAGUUAUGCUAUCGUUGGUCUCUCGUGUCGUCUUCCUGGUGCCAAAGACAAGCACGAAUUUUGGAGACUCUUAACUGAAGCGUCUGAACACAUGAGAGAUACACCUGAGUGGAGAUGGUCGGCCAAGAAUUAUGAGUCUAGUGACGCCUCCAAUGUUCCUGGCUUAAUGUCAUCCUCCCGUGGAGGUUAUAUUCCAGAAGAUCAAAUCAAAGGUUUCGAUUGCAAUGUACUGGGUGUAAGCCAAAAAGAAGUCGAAGUCAUGGAUCCACAACAACGUUUGCUUUUGGAAUUGACUUGGGAAUGUUUGGAAGAUGCUGGAAUUAGACCAAAGAAAGAUACCACAAAUUCUAAACUCUUCGAUAAGACAGGAGUAUUCAUAGGUAUUGGCCAAUUGGAUUUCUAUUCUGUCCAAUUGGAUAACAACAAUUUUGAGAGAAUUACCUCAUAUACUCACAACGGCAACACGUUGAGUAUAGCAUCUAACCGUAUUUCUUUCCUCUAUGAUUUUAGAGGUCCUUCCAUGAGUAUUGACACUGCAUGCUCUUCAUCCUUGGUUGCUGUCCAUCAAGCUUGUCAAAGUUUGAAGAACAAUGAAUGUGAGAUGGCAAUCGCAGGUGGUGUCAGUUUAAUUUUGUCACCAGCUCCAUAUGUCGAAUUUAGUAAGGUUGGAGUUCUUUCCAAGGAUGGAAAAUGUAAACCUUUUGAUGAGAGUGCAAACGGAUUUGUCAGAGGUGAAGGCGCCGGAUUGGUUGUGUUAAAGCCUCUUAAGAAAGCUAUUGAGAGUGGAGAUUACAUUUAUGGAGUCAUUCGUGGAUCCAGUGUGAACGUGGACGGUGCUGCUGAAGACAGUUUGAUCACUCCAUCCUCCAUUACACAAUCCUUAAACAUGAAGAAAGCAUAUGAACGAUUGCCAAGCGAAACUGCUCAAUUCUUGUCUCCUUAUGAGGUCGACUAUGUUGAAUGCCACGGUACAGGUACUGCAAAAGGAGAUGUAGUUGAAACUGUUGCCAUUGGAGAAGUCUUUUCAGGAGCAGAAAGAACCAAACCACUCUAUGUAGGAAGUGUUAAGGGCAACAUUGGACACUUGGAAUGCGCCUCAGGUGUUGCAGGUCUUAUUAAGGCCGUUCUCAUGAUGGAAAACCGACUACUCUGCCCAACCAUUAACGUGAAAAAGUUGAAUCCAAAGAUUCCAUUAGAAAAGUACAAUAUGAGAGUUGUGACAGAACCUGUUCCAUUAGUCAAGAAGAAUGGAUCUAAACCAUUACUUUUCGGCGUGAACUCUAUGGGUAUCGGUGGUGUGAAUGCUCACGUCAUUUUGCAAGAAUAUGAAAAGAAGACUCAAAAGGAACAAACGACUGUUACUGCCACACCAGAAAAGAAACUCUUGAUGCUUUCGGCUCAAACUAUCCCUUCACUGCAACGAUUUGCACAAGAAUUGACAAGUAAGGAAUCACUCUACGAUGAACAAUCCUUGGUCAAUGUGUGCACUGUUCAGAACCAAUUCAGAGCUCAUCACAAACUCAGAACUUGUCUCAUCACCUCAAGUGUAGAUGAUUGUUUGAGACAAUUGAAGACUCUUGCAACUGAAACACCUGAUGCUUUAAAGCAAAAAGGUCUUGUCACAAACACCAACAGAAGUGACAAGGGUUUGAUAUUUGUUUUCCCUGGACAAGGUCCUCAAACAAAAUCUAUGGGUAUCAUGCUCUACAACAAGUAUGAAGAAUUUAGAAAGGUUCUCGAUGAAUGUGACGCCUUGUUCUCUAAACUCGCUGGUUGGUCUUUGGUUGGAAAAUGGAUCAAGGAACAAAGUCUCUCAGAUGAAGAUAUGGACCACCCAAAAUAUGCUCAACCAUCCAUCUUCUUCCUCCAAGCAGGUCUCUUUGCCUUGUUGAAAUUAUGGGACAUUCAACCAUCAGUAGUGAUCGGACACUCUGCUGGUGAAGUUGGAAGUGCUUACGCUGCAGGUGUCUACACUUUGGAAGAGGCUAUCACCAUUCUGUACUGGAGAAGUACCUUGCAAGAAAAGACAUGUGGAAGUGGUAACAUGUUAGCUGUUGGUGUUUCCCCUGCUGAAUGUGAAAAGUUUUUGGAUGAAUAUUUGGAAAAUCCAACCGAUCGAAGUGCUGUCGUUGUGGCUGCCAUCAACGGCCCAUCUUCUUGCACCCUUGCUGGUUCACCUGAGCUUAUCAACAAGUUAGAAAAAGACAUCUCUAAAGGAAAAGGAGUGUUCUGUAGAAAGUUGAGAGGAUAUUGUGCAUUCCAUUCUCAAUAUCAAGAACCUAUUAAGGAAGAAAUGUUCAAUGCGUUGAAGGACUUUACUCCAAAGUCUCUUGGUAAGCCAACUCUUUUCCCACUCUAUUCCACUGUGACUGGUAAAAUGUAUGACACAACGGUCGAGAACAUGGAUGUCAAUUAUUUGUGGGGCAACGUUAGACAAGCAGUACUGUUCAGCGAACCAAUCACUGAACUUCUCAAGCAAGGAUACAAGGGCUUUGUGGAGAUUAGUCCUCACCCAGUAUUGGCUGCUUCUAUUAAGGAAUGUGCUCAAGAUCUUGGACUUGAAGACAUUAAAUGCUUCUUGACUUUGAAGAGAGGCGUUGAUGAACAAGAUACCAUGCUUGGAUGUGUGAAAGAUUUGUUCUUGAAUGGUUUUGUUCACAAUGCAACAUUCACUCAAAAUGUGAAAUGGAACGAGUUGUUUGGCAAGGUCAAAGUUCCACACUAUCCUUGGGAUAGAUCACAACUCAUUUGGAAUCAAACUGAAGAACAAGCAGCAGAGUGGAGAAGAGGAUAUCCAACAAAUUUGGUUGGUCAUAAAUCGUUGCGAACCGGUAGUGUCACAUUCCAAAACAGAAUUUCAUUAGAUCACUUCCCUAAUUUGAAGGACCACGUAAUACAAGGAGACAUUAUUUAUCCAGGUGUCUCUUACGUUUUAAUGUCUUUGCAUGCAGCAGUUGCUCAAAUUCGAGCCAACGAAAAAGAUUCUGAGCAGAAAGAGCUUGCCAAACAAUUCAUCUUGCAACACUGUGAUUUCAAAGAUGCCCUUUCACUUUCUCAAACCACAAAUGGUGGUUUCAUUGUUGAGACAGAUGUCACUCCUUUGAAUCAAUCUACUCAAAACAGUCAAAUGAUUGAAAUUAGAAGCAAGAGAGGUUUGGAGGAAUGGAGCAAUCACUACAAGUGUUUCUUGAGAAUUUUACCUCCAACAAACCUCAAGUCUCAUCCUGACUUGAAUGAAGCCAAGACUCGUUGCAUGGAAGUGUCAAUGUCCAAGACUGAGCUCUAUUCCAAGUUGAGAAAGAUGGGCUUAGAGUAUGGUCCUGUAUUCCAACAAUUGGACAAGAUUUACGUUGGUAAAGGAGAAGGAGUUACCGAGUUGUCUCUUAAGAAGAAUCUCUCUUCUGUUAAUUCUACCGAUAGUCAUGUGAAGAAAUCCAUUUUGGAUCUCAAGCGAGAAAAAUCAGUAUUGGAAGUUGGUAUUUUGGACUCUUGCUUGCAAUCUUUGAUUGCCAUUGCCGAAGAAGACAGUAUUGUUUAUAUUCCAGCUUCAAUUGAAACUUGUGUUCUCAAUACUGAUGUUUGUUUGAAUCAAAAAGUACCAGAUAUGGACAGCAUUUCAGUGUAUUGCAAGUUGACCAACCAAUCCCAAUACGAACUCGAAGGAGAUGUCUUUAUUUAUGGACAUAAGGCUGGAUCUCCAGAUGUUCCAAUUGCUUCCUUCUUGUGCGUGAAAUGUAGAGCCAUUACUCAACCUUCCUGCCCAACUCUUUUCACAAUCACCUCUAACGAUUGUUUGUACAAUGUUGAAUGGAAUACUGUGAGCAAGGAAGCUCUUGAAAAGAUCUUUACUGCUCCUGAUGAAGCCAGUCCUGCUGAAGAAGAAAUUCCAAGAUGGCUGGUUGUCUCUGAAUUGAGCGAUGAAGAUGAUGUGACAAAGGCAGUGGUUGCUUCAUUGGAGGACCUAAAUGUUACAGUUGUGAAUGGAGAACAAGCUCUUAACAUGUUGAAAGAAAAGGAACACAUUGAAGGCAUCGUUUUUGUGUCAAACGCGACAGAAAGCAACCAAGUCGCUCAAGAACCUAAUACCUGGUUGUUGAUGAAAAUUAUUAAGGAACUUGUCAAUAUUGAAUUGGAUAUUGGUGAAUGCAACACCAAAUUGUGGAUCGUCACUAAGGGCGCUCAACUCUCAUACACACGCCCAACAACAGCUCAAUUCAUCGGUGUAGGACGAACUUUCAGAAGUGAACAUCCAAACAUUUUAAGCUUCAUGUUAGAUUUCGAUGAAACAUUGAAAUUGAACGACACUUCUGUGGUCGCUUUGUGUGGUAAAUUAUUCAGAAGUGCUAGCUCAUUAGAAUACAACGAAUUAGCCAUGACAUCGGAUGGUACUCUCAAAUAUUUGAAGGUUGUCAAGCCAACUCAACUUCCAAAACCUAACGCACCAGUUACUCUGAAAUCCAAUUCCAUUGGUUCAGUAAGUGAAUUAACAUUCCAAGAAGUUGAAGAGUUUGUACCACUCGAACCUGAUGAAGUCCGUAUUCAAGUGAAGGCCUCUGCAUUGAGCUUUAAGGAUUUGAUGUUUGCUCUGGGAAGAAUUCCAGAUAAGGCCUUUAGAAGAGGUGGUAAAUGGAAUCCUCCAUUUGGUUUGGAAUGUUCUGGAGUUGUUGUCGAGCUUGGUUCACAAGUUGCAUUGGGCGGUGCAUUCUCAAUUGGAGAUGAUGUUGUCUGCAUUGCUAGAAAGUGUUUCUCUUCCUAUGUGAAUGUUAAAGUUCAACUUAUUGCCAAGAAACCAUCUUGGAUGACCUACGAACAAGCUUCAACCAUUCCUUCAGCAUUCUUAACUUCAUGGUACAGCUUGAUUCACGUGGCUCGUUUGAAGAAGGGUGAAACUUGCUUGAUUCAUUCAGCAGCUGGUGCUGUUGGGUUGUCUGCUGUUCAAAUUGCAAACCAUGUCGGAGCAGUCACGAUUGGUACUGUUGGACGAGGUGAAAAGAGAACAUUUUUGGAGACAGAUGCAACCUAUAAGGUGACUUAUACCACCGAUUCUCGCUCCACUCAAUUCCGUGACGAUGUUAUGAAAUUCACUAAUGGAAAGGGAUGUGAUGUUAUUUUGAACUCAUUGGCAGGAACUGACAUGUUGUCAGCAAACUUUGAGUCAUUGGGCCCAUAUGGUAGAUUUGUUGAAAUUGGUAUUAGAGAUAUUUAUGAUGGAACUUGUGUCAAUUUGCAACAAAUGCAUAGAAACUUGAGUUAUUCCUCUGUUGAUUUGGAUAGAAUGAUGGAUGAGAAACCAGAACUCGUUCAACAAAUGUUUAAGGAAGUCAUGGACCUCAUGGAACAAAAACGCCUCUUCCCACUUCCACUCGUUGUCUAUGAUAAGGAGAAGUUGCAUGACGCUUUCAACUUUAUGGCUCACGCCAAACACAUUGGUAAAAUUGUUUUGAACAUGACCAAUGAAGAUCUCUCCACUGCUAUUCAAAGAUAUCAGAAAUUGAAAGAAGAAAUGAAGGGGUUGACCUUCUCUGCUGAUAAGACCCAUCUCGUUGUCGGUGGUUCCCGUGGUGUUGGUUUAUCUCUUGUCUUGUGGCUCUUGGAACAAAAGCAAGUGAAGAAUUUGGUCAUUUUGUCAAGAAGCGGAAAAUUGACAGAUGGUGUCUCUAAGGAUCGUAUUGAGGAAUUAUUGAAACAAGACAGUUCAAUUCGUCUUUAUGUGUUAGCAUGUGACGUUUCGAACAAGCAACAAGUUCAACAAGUUGUGACUCGUAUUCGUUCUGAAUUGAACUUUCCACCUUUGGAGUCUGUUUUCCAUCUUGCAACUGUUUAUGAAGAUGCAUCCAUUAACAACAUGACCGAAGACAAAUUCAACUCGGUCAUCAAUGCUAAGGCAGUUUCUGCUUGGAAUAUUCAUGAAGCAACUCUUUCUGAAUCCUCUACCUUGAAUUACUUUGUCAUGUUCUCUAGUUUCGUGGCCAUUAACGGUAACAUGGAACAAUCCAACUAUGCUGCUGCUAACUGUGUGUUGGAUGCUCUUGCCCACUACAGAAAAUCAAUUUUGAAUUUACCUGCCUUGAGUGUGAACUUUGGAGCCAUUGAUGAUGGUUUUGUUUCUCGUAAAUACUCGACAAAGGUUAUUUUGAGAUCGAGAGGUUUCAUCUCGAUGCCUAUUCCUCUAUUGGUCAAGUGUUUGGAAAAGGCAUUGAUUGAACAAGAGCAAAACAAGAACAACAGCAGUGCACAAAAGAUUAUCAGUUGCAUUGACUGGAAGGAUCACUCAGAUAACUUUAAGCAUUUGAAGCAAAUGUUUGGUGAAUUGUUUGUUGAGAGUGCGAAUAAGGAUGCUGCUCUUGACGCUGCCACAAGUCAAUUAUCCGUCGAUCAAAUGAUUGCCACUCAAUUGGCAAAGAUUUUGGGUGUUCCUUUGGAAUCAAUUGAAAUUACUGAACCACUCAGACAAUACGGUAUGGAUUCCUUGAUGGCUACUCAACUCAAGAAUUGGCUCGAUAAGACCUAUCCUCGUGGUUCUAUCACUACCAUUGAUAUUUUGAAGAAGGAUACUACUGUGAAAUCACUUGCUGCCAAGAUUAGUGAAAAGAUGUCUGAUCAGACAUCAUUGAAUAACUCCAAGAAGGACACCACAAAGAAGAGUGAAGCUGUCGCCAAAAAGCCAAAUAGCUCAGCUACUACUACUACUGCCACUUCUGUUCCUACUACUACCCAAGAGAAGCCUCCAGUCUCUCAGACCAUCGCCACCACCACUUCUCCCUCCUCCAACAAACCUGCUACACCAGCCAUCGCAAGCAGCCCUGCACAAAAGACGCUCUCUCCACCUUCUCGUGGUAGUGUGGAAUCAGUUGAAAAGAUCUCCACUACUGAUGAUUUGACCACAAAAGUAGCAACUACAACUGUUGGACCUGUGAAGGACUUUAUGACUCAUGCACGAACGGCCAACAUGAAGAAUGCUUCCAACUCAUUCAUUCUUGGUAUGGGAACAGCCAAUCCACCACGCAAGUCACAAGAAGAACUCUUCCAAGGUAUCAUGAAAGAUUACAAUACUGCUGAUGAAAAGAUUAGAGAAAGAAUUCACAAUCUCUUUAAUGGAUGUGAAAUUAAGGAACGAUGUGUCGCUUUUGAUUUUACCAAAUAUUCCACCAAUGAUUUGAAGACCAUUGAAAGUAGAAAUGAAUUGUUCCAUCGAAUUGCUCCUGAACUUGCUUAUCAAGCUGCCAGUAAGGCUCUCGAAGAAUGGAAAGGAGAUGCCAAGGAAAUUACUCAUCUCAUUACUUGUACUUCCACAGGUAUUGCUGUUCCAAAUAUUCAUUUGAAGUUUAUGGAUCGAUUGGGACUUUCUCGUUCUGUUGAAUACUUCCCAAUUAACAUGUCUGGCUGUGCUGCUGGAUUAAUUACAUUGAAGACUGCUCGUGCCCUCAAUGCUCUCAAUCCAUCCAAGAAUAGAGUGUUGAUUAUUUGUAUUGAGUUGUCCUCCGUUCACUUUAGAAUUUCAAACAAUACCGAUGAAAAGAUUGUCUCUGCUAUUUUCGGUGACGGUGUUGCUGCCAUGGUUGUUGGUGCUCAACCUAAUACACCAAAGGGAGAGAAACCAAUUUAUGAAUUGUUUGAAACUCAUUCCUACACCACUCCAAACACUGAAGAAUGCAUGACAUGGAGAGUUUUCAAUGAUGGUUUCCAUUUGAGCUUGUCACCUGAAGUUCCACAAAUUAUUAACAACUCUUUGAAGGACUAUGUCAAUACACUGAUUAGAAAAUCACAACACAAGGAUGAAAUUGCAUUGAAGCAAAAUUGUAAUGUAUUGGCCCAUCCUGGUGGUAAAGCCAUCUUGUACGCUGUUGAGAAGGCUCUCGAAAUGAGCAAGGAUGAAUUGCAUGCCUCAUGGGAAAUUAUGAGCAAGUAUGGUAAUAUGAGCUCUGUAACCAUCUUGUUCGUCAUGGAAUACUACAGAAGAACUCAACAAUACCUUAACAAUGAAUGGGCUUUGGCUGUUGCAUUCGGUCCUGGAGUUGCCACUGAAUCGAUUAUUUUGAGAAACACUUGCGGAGGUGCUUCAACUUUGCUUUAA